AUGCCGAAUUUCGCAUACGAGUUCCAAGGAGACCAGGGUCGCGACCGUGACCGCGACCGUGAUCGUGGUGACUACAAUCGGGGCGCAGGUGGUCGACCAAGAAAUUUCGACGACGACAGGAGACGACGACCACGCCAUGACUUUACAUUUCGAUUUCGUCCGCCAACCGCUGAGCGUCCGCUGCUGUCGAGACAACGCGAUCGCACACCGGAUUUUCUGGCAAACACCGUCGACGGGCAAGACACACCGCAGUUGAAGUUUGCGAACCCGGACGAGCUGACCGAUAGCGACGAGGCUGAGAUGGAGGAAUCCGCGUCUUCUGGUGGUGACAAUGACAAUGACAAUGACAAUGGCGACGACGAUGAAGAUAGCGGUACUGCUGCAACCCCCCCGCGCAAAAAACGUGCCUUGGAAAGCACUGUCAAUAGUAACACUGUUGAACGGCCCAAGUGGUCGAACCCCGAUCCGUACACUGUGCUGCCUCCGUCGGACGAGACGCAGGGUAAGCACGUCGAUGUUGUCAAGCUUAUCCGCAAGGCCCGUCUUGCUGCUAAUGCGCCGGCGAAUGCUGAUGCGGUUGCUACGAAUGAGGACUAUAUUUCCUUCGAUAUGGGCGAUGAUGCAGAUGUCGUCGACGAGAAUGUGCCUCCAGAAAACGCCCCGACUGGCCCAAGGGCACUACGGGAUCGGCCUGAUGAUUCUAUUGCGGGGAAGAAACGCACACGAGACGAUGAGAUAAAACCGUUUACUGGGAAGUUUGGAAAAGUUGGCUAUAGUCCGUAUGGAGAUAUUGUUAGCGUGUGGAAGGCCGGACCGUCGGAUAACGGAACCCCUUGGCUUGAGUUGAUGGAACCAACGCUGCAUCUUGGUACUAGACUUCACAACGAGAUUUUGGCGUUCUACGACUGGGUGAAGCCCCGCCCGUACGAGGAUAUGAUUCGGCGAGACCUGGUAGAAAGAAUACAAAGGGUAUUCGAUGUGCAGCCGAAGUUUAGAGGCAUGGAAGUCAAACCAUUCGGGUCCUUUGCGUCGGGCCUGUAUCUCCCUGUUGCUGAUAUGGAUCUGGUUUUGCUUUCUCCUAGUUUCAUCCGCAAUGGACGAGAAACAUUUAUCCCGCGCAGGCGAGGGUUUGGAGGCCAAGUGUCCAUUUAUGAAGUUGCAAGGCUUUUGGAAAGGGCUAGCGUUGUCGCUUCGGGCUCUAUGGAGAUCAUUGCGGGUGCCAGGGUCCCCAUUCUUAAGUGGGUUGAUCGUUUGACUGGGUUGAAAGUGGACAUGUCGUUUGAUAACGACAGUGGCAUCCGUGCCAUCUAUUUUUUCAACAAGUGGAAGGAAGCAUAUCCAGCCAUGCCUGCUAUUGUUGCUAUCAUCAAGCAAUUCUUGCUAUUGCGGGGCUUGAAUGAAGUGCCCACGGGUGGCCUGGGAGGUUUCUCUAUCAUCUGUUUGGUUGUCAGUCUUUUCCAGCACAUGCCGCACACAAUGGAUGGCCACGGCCCAACUCUGGGUAGCGUUUUGAUGGACUUUUUUGAUUUCUACGGAAACAAAUUUGAUUUCUCGUCAGUUGGAAUUAGACUGAAUCCCCCGGGAUAUUAUAACAAGGUCGUCUACAGCCAUGACAGAAAACCACGACUGUCCAUUGAGGAUCCUAACAAGCCUGAUAACGACAUUUCUGUUGGCACCAAGGAGAUUGAUUUGAUUUUGCGGUCUUUCUCCAAGGCACAUAGUGCGUUGAAAUCCCGGAUGAAGUCGUUGGCGACUUCGCACCAACCAGAAGUCUGCUUCCUAGACACAAUCAUCUCGGCGUGCUAUGAUGAAUAUGCUGAACAGCGGGCACAACUACGGAUCAUUUUUGAAAAAGAAACUCGUUUUGAACCAUACUUGCGGCUCCUCACACCGCCUCCACCGCCAGAAGAAAGCCCAUCCGAGUCUGAGUAUGAUCCAGAGGACGCGCCUGCCCCUCCUCCACCUCCUCCUGAAUUGAAGUCCGAGGCGAGCACAGUUAGCAAGUCUAGCAAGUCUAGCAAAGAGGCAAAGGACAGCAAAUCUUCAUCUAAGCGACAAAAAAAAGACGGCAAAAAGCAAGAGCAAAAGGAGCGAAAAAAGGUAGCUGCACAGGAUCGGACAAAACGCCUCAAGCUGCUACUCCCACAUCGAGCAUCUGAGAUCAAAGAUGAGAUUGGCCAUGAAGAAGCCUUUCUUUUUAGUGGUGGGGCGGCAGUCGAUAGCGUGAAAGAGAGCUCGAAACCAAGCAAAACAACACUUCUCCUGGUACGAUUUCUUUCCAGUAGUAAUUGGUGGGCCCCCAGAAUGUCAGACCCGGCAAACUACACUGUAGGCUGGAUCUGCGCCUUUGGCGUGGAAUAUGUUGCUGCGCAGGAAUUUCUCGAUGAACAGCACGAAGGACCGAAAUUUGUGGCACCAAACGAUACCAAUGAUUAUACAUUGGGCAAAAUAUGGCAACACAACGUUGUCAUCGCUGUCUUACCGGAUGGUGAACAUAGUACAGCUUCUGCAGCCAACGUGGCAACAAGCAUGAUGAACAGCUUCCCUAAUGUCAGAAUCGGCCUCAUGGUCGGUAUCGGUGGUGGCGUACCAAGUGAGAAGCAUGACAUCCGUCUAGGCGAUAUUGUGGUCAGUGCGUCUCGCCAUGGUGAGGGUGGUGUGUUCCAAUAUGACUUUGGCAAGUCUAUAGAAGGUCAGGGCUUUCAGCACACGCAGUUCUUGAACCAGUCCCCAACUACACUGCGCACCGCAAUAGCGGGGAUUCAGGCACAGUAUAAGAGAAAGGGACACCGAAUCCAAGAAGCUGUCAACGGAAUUAUUGACAGGAACGCGAGGCUACGCCAGGAGUACGAACGACCGCACCCAAGCACUGACAGGCUAUUCAAAGCUGAAGUUAUUCAUAACCCAACAACAGACUGCACUAAAUUUUGUAUGGCCGAUCCCUUCAAUUUGAUAUCGCGGCGCGAGCGGACUGAACACGAGGAUAAUCCUACUAUCCACUACGGCCUGGUUGCCUCUGCCAGCCAGUUGAUGAAAGAUGCCUCGACCCGAGAUCGACUUGCAGCGGAAAAGGACGUUCUUUGUUUUGAAACGGGAGCCGCGGGGCUGAUGAAUCAUUUUCCCUGUCUGGUCAUCCGGGGCAUCUGUAACUACUCAGACUCGCAUGGGAACAAGGAGUGGCAAGGAUAUGCAUCGAUGGUGGCGGCUGCAUACGCCAAAGACAUAUUACACAGGAUCUCCCCGAGCAUGCACAUUGAGGCUGAGAAGGGGGCUGACUCCAGCUCACCAAUCACUGUAACACUUCAGGAGGGCAUAUCCAUCGACUGGAUGAGCAAUGUGGAGCGCUUCACCGUUGAGGAUGAGACCGUCAAUCUGCUGCUGAACAAAUAUCAGCGGCAUCGGGGGGAUACACUAAACUCGCCGGCCAUUUCAGCAGAGGUGACCUCGCCGCUUGAGGGGAUUAUUGGAGUGAAGCUGGUUCACUGGGCUGGCCAGGUUGACAAUGGACCGCACUAUCAUCUCAAUUCUGCCAAGGGACAUGCAAAGAUCGAAAAAGUUACUACGCCUAACAGUGCCGCUGUCAGCUACCAAAGCGGCCCACUGAAUCUGAACAUCAAAACGUCCCCCAACGACCUCGAGUUCGUCUGGUCUUCUUCUCAUGACCAAAAAAAGCUAACCGGCCACUCAUUCCGCUCAAUUGGGUACGUGCGAGAUGGCACUACAGACAAGACGCGCUGGCAGGAUGGCAUGUACAUCGAACACCAAGGAUACAUGCUCGCCGAACUUGAUCUCGGCGUGAACGAAAAACUGUACGGCUUGGGCGAGCGCUUCGGUCCCUUUGUCAAAAACGGUCAAACGGUCGAUAUCUGGAACGAAGAUGGCGGGACGUCCUCGGAACUGGCGUAUAAGAAUAUUCCUUUUUACCUCAGUUCGAAGCGAUACGGAGUGUUUGUUCGUCAUGCGGGUAAAGUCAGCUUUGAGCUGCAGUCGGAGCGCACGACCAGAGUCAAUAUUUCGGUUCCAGGGCAAGAGUUGGAGUAUUUUGUUGUGUAUGGGAGCACGCCCAAGGAAGUGUUGAGACGGUACACGGCGUUGACGGGACAGCCGAGCUUGCUGACGGUCCCAGGUUUCACGACAAACUACGAUGAAAAAACAGUCACUGGCUUUCUAGACGGAUUCCGAGACCGCGACAUUCCCUUAGGCGUGUUCCAUUUUGACGCCUUCUGGAUGAAGUCUUACCAGUGGUGUGACUUGGAGUUUGACGAGGAUUAUUUCCCAAACGCAACGGAGUAUCUUAAAAGACUCAAAGACCGUGGCCUGCGUAUCAGCGUAUGGCUCAAUUCGUAUGUCGGACAGGCGUCUCGACUAUUCAAGGAGGGCAAGGAGAAGGGGUAUUUUAUCAAGCGUCUCGACGGUUCGGUCUGGCAAUGGGACCUGUGGCAGGCUGGCAUGGCCAUUGUCGACUUUACGAAUCCAGCAGCCUCGGAAUGGUACAUCAGCCACCUGAUGCGCCUGAUGGACAUGGGCGUGGACUCAUUCAAAACCGACUUUGCCGAGCGCAUCCCCUUCAAAAACGUGCAAUUCUACGAUGGCUCCGACCCAGAACGCAUGCACAACUACUACUCGCUGCUAUACAAUAAAGCCGUCUACGAGGCCAUGACACGCCGAGUCGGGCGCGCCAACAGCUUGCUCUUCGCGCGCAGCACUGCUCCCGGCGGCCAAGCAUACCCUGUACACUGGGGUGGUGACUGCGAAAGCACGUUUGAAGCCAUGGCCGAGUCGCUGCGUGGCGGCCUCAGUCUGAUGCUGUCCGGAUACAUCUUCUGGGCGUCCGACAUUGGCGGAUUCGAGGGCACGCCACCGCCGGCUCUGUACAAACGCUGGGUACAGUUUGGCUUGUUGUCGUCACAUUCUCGCUUGCAUGGAUCAAGUUCGUUUCGCGUGCCCUGGAUCUAUGGAGAGGACUGCAGCGACGUGUUACGGGAUUGUGUCAAACGCAAGAUUUCUCUAACGCCGUAUAUCCUGCAGGAAGCACUGAAUGGUCAUCGAGAGGGCGUGCCGCUGAUGAGGCCAAUGUUUCUCGAGUUCCCGGACGAUCUCAACGCGUACGCUAUCGACACGCAAUACAUGUUUGGCAGCAAUCUGCUUGUCGCCCCUGUGUUUACUGAGGACGGGUCAGUAUCGUUUUACGUGCCGUACACCACCAACAGCAGUAGUCUAGACGAAGACGGUCACGGGAAAUGGAUCUCCUGGUUUGACCACGAAAAGACAUACGAGCCAGGCCGGUGGUAUCACGAAACCCACGAUUUCUCGUCUCUGCCCGUCCUCAUCCGACCCGGGACGGCGACGCCGGUGAACCGUUCGCUCAAGACUCCGCAGGAUGAUCCGUUUGGUGGCUUGGAGUUUAUUGUUAAUGGAAAAGUUGCACAGGACUACAGAAUUGAAAUCGUGAAUCCGGACAACGUGCAUGAGGUGAUUAAGAGCGUUGCUGUUGGGGCGGUGACUCAGGACGGAAAUGUUAUAGUUGUACCUGUCAACGCCACUUAG